UUCUCAGUGUAGUAGCGUAGUAGCUAGUACCGCUGUGAUCCCUAUAAAACAGUGCAUGCACUGAGAGAAAAUAAUCAGAAGCUGUCAGCCUGUGACAGGAAGGGGGGAGGAUCAUGGCGAGUUCUCCUUCUUCCUUGCUACACGGAGUUGCGAUCCUUGCUCUCAUAUGCUGCUCCUUGUCAUGCUCGGCGGCGGCCGGAGAUGUAGUUGCUCUCGACGGACGUCGUAAUCAGUGGAAACCUCCGCCGACUCCGUUGCCAGGGAAGCAGCAUACUCCGGUGAGUCCAGUCCCAACUCCGGCGACUCCGGUGCCAGGGAGACCGGUGACUCCAAAUCCUCCAGUCUCUGUUCCUCCUCCACCGUCAACGCCCGUGCGCAGAUACCCGGUGACCCCAAGUCCUUCAACCCCUAUUUGUGUGCCGCGGCCUCCCCCGGUGCAGCGGGAGGUGUCGGCUCUUUCGCCGCACCGCAAGACCCUACAGAAGGCUGUUAAGAACGUGCUUUAAUUAAGAAAGCACCAAAUGCUACCGCUCAGACAUAUUUUCUAUGUUAUAGUACAAGAGGAUUGUGUUGCUAAUUAAUUAAGGUAAUAGAUAAUAUGAUAUCAGUGUAGUACUCCCUCCGUUCCAUAGUAUAAGAUGUUUUGACACUAGUAUAGUGUAAGAAAGUUCUUAUAUUAGGGACCAAGGGAUUAGUAUUUACAUACAGAUUUUGUUUGGUGUACUGGUCAUGAGUCAUCUGAAGCUUCAUUUCGCCA